AUGUCUGAUGUUGCGGAAGAAGUGGCUGGUGAUGGCACUUGUGCAGGUGGAUUUUCAGAGUCAGGAGGUGGAGGAUUUUGGGCCUCCAGUGGUGGAGCACUAACUGGUGGAGGACUCUCCGCUUCCGGAGGUGGAGGUGGAGGUGGAGGUGGAGGAUUCUGUGCUUCCGGAGUCUCAUCUCUCUCUCUCAAGAAUUCUUCACAUCUCAACAAAACCCCAAUCUCUCUUAUCUCUCUCAACUUCUUCUCUUCCUCUCCAAAAAGCCCCAGUGCAGUGUCGGAUUACUUGAUUGAUAGACACAUAUUUUCUCCUGAAACUGCUUUGAAAAUCUCUUCCGUCGUAAAGUAUCUGAAAAGGCCUGAAGAGACCGAUUCAAUUCUUUCAUUUCUUCAGGAAAGUGGUUUUGCGGAUACCCAUCUCGAGCGUGUCAUCAAAUCCGCGCCUCAACUUCUCUCUGCAAAUCUUGAGCUUUCCAUCAAACCCAAAUUCAAGUUUUUUCAAGACGUGGGUAUUUCUUCUAGCGAUAUUGUGCAAAUUGUUUCGUCUGACCCUCGGAUUCUAACUCGUAGCGUUGAUAGUCAGCUUGGCCCAUCGAUUUUAGCAUUGAAGAGUGUUUUGGUUUCGAAUGUGGAUAUGUCUACGUUUUUAAAGAGAUCUGGGCGUAUUCUGAGUCUUGAUUGGGCGAAAACUAUGAUUCCCAAUAUUGAAUUUUUGAAGAGCUGUGGCAUUAGUUCGUCGCAAAUAAGUCGAUAUGCAACAUUUUUCUUUCGUAAACCGACCAGAAUUAGAGAAUAUGUGAAGAGGGUUGAUGAGAUGGGCUUUGACAGGAAGUCUAAGACGUUUCUUGAAGCGAUUCGGGUUAUCAGUUGGAUGAGUAUCGAGAAAUGGGAGUUGAAAUUGGAGGUCUCUAAGAGUUUGAGAUUUUCAGAAGAUGACAUUUUGUCACGUGGUUAUUGA